AAGAAGCUCUCGGCCAAUAAGAGGGCGAGUUGACAAGCUCCUUUUAAAUUUUGGUGUAACGACUUCGGGAACGGGACCGGUUCACGUUGAGACUGCCUGAGAAGCGAACGGGGAUCAACAAGCUAUCCUUCGCGAAUUUCAAUCAAUUUACCGCGCCCCUUCAAGCCCCAAAAUGUCUUGGCACACUCGGGUAACGCAGGUGAACGGUCAGUCCGAAAACCUCAAUGGUAUCAGGGUUAAGAAGGCUGUCACGUCAACAACUACCCUUGGUGUCAAGCGCUCGGCUUUGGGGGAAAUUGGUAAUAAAGUAGUUGGGCGCUCCAAUUCUGUGGCUACUUUGAAGCCUGGUGCCCUCCCAGGGCAAGGGGAAUUUGUCAAACCUAUUCAGAGAUCCAACUCAACUCGUAGUAUUAUAAAUGUAAAGCCUCCCAAAGAUUUUGUGAGACCGCUGCCCAGACCUAACAUAACAUCAAGAGUCAAGCGCACAGUCAGUAACACCUCAGUGGCAUCGGUUGUACUGCCUGCCCCUCAAUCCCAACCGUCUGUCAAAGAGGAAGAUGCUGCAGUGCAGCGUGAAGAUUUCAUUGAGGAUGUUGACAAAGCAGAUGAAAACAACCCAUUGUUAGUUGCUGACUACGUAUUCGAAAUCUAUGAGUACCUGUACUCCCUAGAGGAGAAGUAUCCUAUCAAAAAAGGCUUCUUGCACGAACAAAGUAUUUCACCUCGAAUGCGAGCUGUAUUGGUUGAUUGGCUUGUAGAUGUCCAAUUGCAAUAUCACUUGUUACAAGAGACACUUUACCUUGCUGUUCAAAUACUUGAUAGGUAUCUUCAGGCCGUCCCAACUGUUGGCAAAAGGUACUUGCAGUUAGUUGGAGUAGCUGCCAUGUAUGUGGCUUGCAAGUAUGAGGAAGUGUAUAUGCCUGACAUUGGUGACUUUGUUUUUAUAACCGACAAUGCUUACGACAAGCAACAACUUCUUUCCAUGGAGGUUCAGAUUGUAAAGACUUUGGAAUUUCAAUUCAGUCGUCCUAUUUCUCUUACCUUCCUUCGCCGGUUUAGCAAAGUUGUAGAGGCCAACCCCAUUCAUCACUGCUUUUCCAAGUUCUUCCUUGAACUUGCCAUGAUGGAGUAUUCUCUCUGCCACGUUCGGCCCUCUCUUAUUGCUGCUGCUGCCCUCUACAUUUCUCUGUGCAUUUGUGAGUUGAACAAAAAGACUGGCCCGCAGAAUUGGGAUGCCAAGAUGGUACACUACUCCACCUACAAGUUGCCACAGGUGGAAGAAUGUGCAAAGGCUUUGGCUGCUGUGAUUGUGCAAUCCUCAACCUGGAAAUAUGAAGCUGUUAAAAAGAAAUAUUCAAAUUCUAAAAUGAUGAAGGUUGCUUUACGACAAGAGUUAACAUCAGAGUGCGUGAUCCGUCUUUCAGAGGGCAAGAGUCCAUUCCCUUAACUCAAUUGACUCAUCCUCAUUUGCAUGUUAUGUUCAUGUCCGAACUGUGUGAUAAAUUUUAUUUUAAUUGUGCUCUGCACAAAGACAUGCAUGUUCUUCAAGAUCUCGAGCAAGACUGAGGUUUUUAAGUGAUAAAUGAUAUGUUUCAUUAAGUUUUAGUGUAGUGAUGGUAACCGAAUGUUCCACUUCAGUGCUCCAUGGUUUUUUGUAAUGCUUUUUAAUCACAUUGACAGUUAUGCGUUGCCUGUUUCGUGCAGUGUCUAUCUAUACUGAACUUAUCAACUGAUUCUGGACUUAAAACUGUACUUCAUAUUAAUAUUUUUCUGCAUGGUAAGAUUUCAAUCAGUGAACAUUGUCAGCUAUUAAUAUGUAGGUUUGUAAGAGAUGUCAAUUGUUUGAAGACUAGAUUAAGAUUGCUCAAAUUUUAUAAGUUCAGAUCCCUUCUCCAAAAGCUACAUUAGGUUUUUUUUUGUAUUGAUUAUGGUGUGAUGUCAAAUAAUUAUGUAAAUUAUCCAAUUACCUUGGCCUUGUAAGGUGUUUUUCUAGCUAUUAAAAGCUUUUAUACUAAUUUUAUAAAUC